CCACAGUCUAGUCCAUGUCCUCCAGGUCUACAGUCAAGUCCAGGUCCAGGUCAUUCAGGUCCACAGUCUGGUCCAGGUCCUGGUCCAGGUUCUCCAGGUCCUCCAGGUCUGUACCGGACCGGACUCGAACCGUCUCGGAGCAGCUCGGUCUGAGGCCUGUCCUUACGAGCACAGCGCAUGCGCAAACGGCCAGCUCCGCAUUGUUUGGCGCGCUGCCUGUGCCGCCGCAGUGUGUGCGUGCUGGCGCAAAGCGCGGCCUCCGCUCUGCUCGUUCUCAGCAGCAACAACAACAACAACCGGACAAAGUGCUCCCGGUACCGAACACACACAGAGGAGGCGGCUGUUCCCGGGCCCGUGUAACGUUUUCAGAUGGCGGAGACGGUGAAGUACGUGGACGACGAGCACAAGAGCAUCUUCCUGAAGCUGCUGAACGAGCAGCGGCUGGAGGGCGAGCACUGCGACAUCGCCGUGGUGGUCGAGGACGUCAAGUUCCGCGCUCACCGCUGCGUGCUCGCUGCCUGCUCCAACUACUUCAAGAAACUCUUCAAGAAACACGAGGUGGACAACUCGUCGGUGAUAGAGAUCGACUUCAUCCGCUCCGACAUCUUCGAGGAGGUGCUGAACUACAUGUACACGGCCAAGAUCUCCGUCAAGAAGAGAGACGUCAACCUGAUGAUGUCCUCAGGACAGAUCCUCGGCAUCCGCUUCCUCGACAAACUCUGCUCCCAGGUAAUGCACAGAAACGAGAUGUGUCCUCAGAGGACAAAGAGAAGUUUCCGUAUGACAUCGUGAAGAUGGCGCUGCCGCCGGAGGCUCAGCUGGCUGCCGACUCUGAGGUGCUCGGCGAACACGAUGACACGGCCACCACGGAUGAACUUGUGGAGGCGUCAGCCAAUCAGGAGCUGGACAAGUCUCCGAGUGCGGCGCUGCGUGUACAGGAGGCCAUCUUGAAAGAACUGACCAAUGAGGACGUGCACAAGGUGACCUGCUAUGACCAGGAUGUGGUAACGGAGAUGGAGGCGGAGCCUAAGGUGCUGGGGGCGGAGCAUCACGCCACCCAGACGCUGACGUUUGCUGACAGCAUGGGGGAGGUGAAGGACGAGCAGCCGCCGGGUUGGUCCACCGCCACCACCGACAUGAAGUUCGAAUACCUGCUGUACGGACACAGAGAGCAGCUCGCCUGCCAGGUGUGUGGGAAGACCUUCCUGGACGAAAGCAGACUCAGGAAACACGAGAAGCUCCAUUCAGCAGAGCGUCCGUUCGCCUGUGAGAUCUGCACCAAAGCUUUCACCACCCACGCUCACCUGAAAGAACACCUGAAGAUCCACACAGGCUUCAAACCGUACAGGUGUGACGUUUGUGGAAAAUCCUUCAUUCGAGCUCCAGACUUGAAAAAACACGAACGAGUUCACAGCAACGAGCGCCCGUUUGCCUGCCAGAUGUGUGACAAAGCGUUUAAACACAAGUCUCACCUGAAGGACCAUGAGAGGAGACACAGAGGAGAGAAACCUUUUGUCUGUCCGUCCUGCACCAAAGCCUUCGCCAAGGCGUCCGAUCUGAAGCGUCAUGAGAACAACAUGCACAGCGAGAGGAAGCAGCUGAACCCGCUGCAGAGCGACACGGAGACGCUGCAGGCCGCCGCCAUGGCUGCUGAGGAGCAACAUCUGGACACCAUCAGCUGCUCCUAACAUCUGGACACCAUCAGCUGCUCCUAACAUCUGGAGCUGCUCCUAACAUCUGGGGCUGUCCCCAACAUCUGGAGCUGUUUCUAACAUCUGGAGUUGCCUCUAACAUCUGGAGCAGUUCCUUACAUCUGGAGCUGCCCCUAAAAUCUGGAGCUGUUCCAAACAUCUGGGGCUGCCCUUAACAUCUGGAGCUGUUCCUAACAUCUGGAGUUGCCCAUAACAUCUGGAGCUGGUCCUAACAUCUGGAGCUGUUCCUAACAUCUGGAGCUAUUCCUAACAUUUGGAGUUGCCCCUAACAUCUGGAGCUGUUCCUAACAUCUGGAGCUGUUCCUAACAUGUGGAGCUGUUCCUAACAUCUGGAGCUGCCCCUAACAUCUGGAGCUGUUCCAAACACCUGGGGCUGCCCCUAACAUCUGGAGCUGUUCCUAACAUCUGGAGCUGUUCCUAACAUGUGGAGCUGUUCCUAACAUCUGGAGCUGUUCCUAACAUCUGGAGCUAUUCCUAACAUCUGGAGCAGUUCCUAACAUCUGGAGUUGCCCCUAACAUCUGGAGCUGUUCCUAACAUCUGGAGUUGCCCCUAACAUCUGGAGCUGUUCCAAACAUCUGGGGCUGCCCUUAACAUCUGGAGCUGUUCCUAACAUCUGGAGUUGCCCCUAACAUCUGGAGCUGGUCCUAACAUCUGGAGCUGUUCCUAACAUCUGGAGCGGCCCCUAACAUCUGGAGCUGCUCCUAACAUCUGGAGCUGUUCCUAACAUCUGGAGUUGCCCCUAACAUCUGGAGCUGGUCUUAACAUCUGGAGUUGCUCCUAACAUCUGGAGCUGUUCCUAACAUCUGGAGUUGCUCCUAACAUCUGGAGCUGUUCCUAACAUCUGGAGUUGCCCCUAACAUGUGGAGCUGUUCCUAACAUCUGGAGUUGCUCCUAACAUCUGGAGCUGUUCCUAACAUCUGGAGCUGUUCCUAACAUCUGGAGUUGCCCCUAACAUCUGGAGCUGUUCCUAACAUCUGGACAGCAGCUGUAUCUGAACGUAUUUUUCGGAUCACGUCGUGUUUUGGCGUCGCUCAGAGCGCACCGACUGAUCUGAUGACCUUAGCGGUCAUGUGACCUGGUGUUGACUCUGAUUGGCUGUAAAGACGAACUGUUGUUGUUCUGUUCAGUUUCAUGAGCAGAGCUGUGUGUUGUGAAGCACACGUGUGUUUUUUUCAUGAACUACAGAAGCUCAGAGUGGACAAACGGAUUCUCAGCUUUGCUUCAUACUGAAAUAAAUCAUUUUAAUUCACCUUUUCA